CUCGCAACUACAAGCUUCAGGCCCAGACAGAGACAGACACCAUCGCUAAACUUUGACAACAUCCAAUCUUCUUAAGUCUUUCGUUUGAAUCUGCCCACCUAGCCAAAAUGAAAUCCUUCGGCAUCCUCUCAACCCUCUUCCUCACCGCCACUGCUGCACCUCUAGCCCCUCGCCAAGAAGCAAUCCAAACCACCAACUUCUCCGCCGCUACCGUGCAAGGCGGGCCCGGCGCCUCCAUCACCUUUGACGUCGCCUUCCCCUCGGGCCCCAGCGCGACCUGCAGCUACAGCGACGACACCUCGGGCGCGGCGCUGCCGGACGUCUCGCCGUACCUCGCGUGCGCCGACGACCGCGUCUCGUGGCAGUUCCGCCGCAUCGUCUCGCGCCCCGGCUCCGACGGCUUCUACCUGCUGGUCGUGCGGUACAGCGACGGGCCCAACUCGCGCGCCGGGUCGAAGGAGUGGCAGGCCUCCGAGUUCCCCGUCGUCGUGGGAGAGGACGGCGUCCAGGAGACGGUCUACAGCGGACCGGUGGAUUUCCCGCUCGCUAAUGCUUGAGGGGAUUUGUUUUGUUUGGGUUGUGAUUUAGGGGGGUGUUUUGUAUAUAGUUUGGUUUAGUUGGCUUCGUUGUAUAUAGAGUAUUCAGCCCUGAAAAGGGACCAAUUCCUAUAAUUGUGACUCGACUUUGACGAGA